AUGAUGACCGUUCAGCAACAAAACAGUGAAAUCCCGAAAAAUGUGGAACCUCUCAAACUUGAUAAAUACUCGUUUAAAUCCUCAGAUAACACUGAACUUAUACUCUUCAUGUCAAAACUGCCCGGCCGUCGUAUUCGUCAUGACAUUCGCAACAUUCAAGAUGAUUUAAAUCAAAUACAAGUUCAUACAAUCGUGACAUUAAACGAGCCGAAAGAAUUGUCAUUUAUGAAUAUGACAAAUAAGAAUUUUUACAAUAUGGACAUUUACUCCAUGCAUGUCAAACGAGCUAAUAUGGAACAUAUUGUGUAUCCCAUCCGCGAUCGUUUUAUUCCGAAAUCAAUUAGUGACUAUAUGCAAUUUUUAUAUUGCAUUAUCCUUAGUGUAAAUCGUUCCAGUCGUAAUCGAUUGCUUGUGCAUUGUAUGGGUGGAAUGGGGCGGACUGGUCUAACAGCGGUUUGCAUGGAUUUAACGUAUGAAAACAUGAUGGCAAAUGAGAAUGAACCCAAAACGAAACAAAAGUUUAUCGAACGAUUCUGUCAUUAUCCAUUUCUAUUAGCAAAUCAUUGUCGCGUAUGUCGAGCAAUUGCGAAUGUUCGACAAGCACGACCAGGCACAAUUCAUAAUCCAUUACAAAUCUUAUUUGCUCACGAAUAUUACGCUCGUCUCAAAUCAUCUUCUUACAUGCAACAAAUCAAACAAAUCCUAGAACUCAACGAGAAACUCCUCUCCAGCACGCAGGACGACUUUGCAUUACCAACGAAUGUUUCGCUUUAA